UCUGCAGUACCAGAGAGGACUGGAAAAAUGGCGGCGGGUUCUGGAGCUGUUAGCGGCCAUGGUGGCCGCGGCGCUUUGGAGGCCACCCUGGACCGCAGAUUCCAAGGAGUAUCCAACACUAUGGAGUCUAUACAGGGACUGUCGACCUGGUGCAUUGAAAAUAAAAAGUAUCACAGCCUUAUCGUUCGGUACUGGAUGAAGUGGCUCAAGAAAUCGGACACCAACCACCGCCUGAAUCUGUUCUAUCUUGCCAAUGAUGUAAUACAGAACUGCAAGAGAAAGAACGCCAUCGUCUACCGCUCAGCCUUCGCUGAGGUGCUCCCCAACGCUGCACUAAUGGUCAAAGACCCGAAGGUGCGUAAGUCAGUGGAGCGGAUCUUCACUAUAUGGGAGGAGAGAAAUGUCUAUCCUGAGGAACUCAUCACUCAGCUCAAAGCCAACCUGGCCAAGAAGGAGAGAGAGAGGGAGAAAGAGAAGGCUAAAGAGACUCCUCCUCCGCCAGCCCCAGUCAACCCCAAAGCUGCCCUGAAGUCCAAGAUUGUGGCUGAUUUCAUACCCCAGUCGUUCAUCGAGCAGCUGACAGGCUUCAAACGGGUGGUGGAGGAGGAGGAGCUGAGGGAGACCCAGCUGACAGCUCUCAGAGUGGACGUCUGCAGCACGGAGGCCCUCAAGAGACUCAAAGACAAGGCCGGAGGGAACAAGUUUGCCAAGGACUUUGAAGAGGGCAGUCAGAAGCUGCAGGAGUUUGUCAGUUUCCUGGAGAACCAGAUGCCUGUAGGGCCCCCUCUGCUGGAGGCUCUAGGAAAUGCAGACGUCUUCUAUGAGAUGCAAUACAAGGAAGUUAAGAUCGUGGCCAGCGCCUACAAAACCUUUGCCAACCGCGUGGUCAACCUCAAACGUAAACUGGAUGCCCUCAAGUCCUCCCUUCCCGGUCCUGAGGACUCUCCCAUCCCCUCCCCCUCUGAGGACGCUCCCUCACCCACCGGCUCUGACUCCCCCUUCCUGGGGCUGGGAGGAGGCCGAGGGGGUAGGCUGGGCUUUGACCCGGACCUGGAUGGGAGUGCCAUGGACGAGAGGGACAUGGGGGUUGUGAGAGAGGGGGACAACAGAGAUGUGGAGGACAUGGAUCUGUCUGAGGAGGACAUGGAGACAGCCAACACAGCAGAGAAGCAGUCGUCAUCAGCCACCGUUUCCAAGGUGACCAGCUCCAAGACCGCAGCGAAACCCGCCCCUGUCACACUCAUUCGAACCUCCACUGAAUCCCCUCUCAAAAGGCAGCCUCGUCUACCCCCACGCCAGUGACCCCAGCACCCCUACGGCGCGGGUGUGAGCGGUCCUAGCGGUCUGACCGCUCCUCUGGGAAUGAACCUGGCCAAUGUGGACCUGGGCAAGAUCAGCUCCAUACUGAGCAGUAUCACAUCAGCCAUGAAGAACACAGCAGCCAGCCCUGUGUCUCGCCCCUCCCCUGGAACUCCCACCACCCCCUCUGGCCAAUCAUCUUCCUCCAAAACCCCAGUUGGCCCCACCCCUCCUAGCCCAGCCCUGGCCAGCAUCCUGUCCAGAGUGAACGUCACCCCUGAAGGCAUCCUCAACGCCCUGUCAAAGACCCAAACACAGAGUCUGUCCUCUCUGCUGAGGUCUGGUAGCUCCUCCUCCUCUGCCCCCUCCUCCCAUGCCUCCCCAGACUCCUCAGCAGCCAAGGGCCCCCCCACACCCACCACACCUAGCAACACCAAACCCCCCCUGACCAACAGUCUCAAACGAGACACACCUGAGAGGAGCAGAGGAGCCAGGGAUUGGGAGAAAAACCGAGAGGCCUCCCCUCCUCCUCCUCCCUCUCUCCCUAGCCGCUCUGUCUCUCCUCCCAGCCUAGAGUCUAAGAUCAAUCGUUUCCUCCAGGGGAACCCAGGGUUCAGUCUGGGCCUGGGGGAUGGGAGCCCUCUGCUGGGGGGAGACGGGGUAGACGGGACCCCCGUCAGGGAUGAGAGCGGGGGCACCCCCACCCAGGACGAAAUCAUGGACACACCAGGGGGUGUCUCCUCCGACCCCCUUGGCCUCAACAGUGACCCCAAGAGCUUAGGCUCAUCCAUAGGUCAUGAUCUUUCACCCACGGCCUACCGCAGUGACCCUUGGGACGCCGUCAUCACCCCAACAGGAAGCAGCAGCGACGUGGACUUCCUCUCUUCCUCUUCUCGUUUCCAAGGCUACGGAGCGGGGAAGAAGGCCGCCAAGCUGAAGGAGGAAGAUUCGAAGAGGAAGAUUAGCUCUUCAUCACUGGGAAGCAGCAAGGUGAAGAAGGAUGGACAGAACAGUCACGGGAACAACAGAUCAGUUGAAGGAGAGAGGAGAGCAUCCAUAGGUUCUCGUAAGACCAGCAGCGGGUCAGAGGAGGGAGGAAUGAGUGGAACGAGGGAUGAAAAGGGAAAGAGGGAGAGGAGAGGAUGGUGGGGGCUCAUCUGA